AUGGCCCUCGUCCCGGGACUAGCCCCGCAUGUGGAUGACCAUGGGGACGAGAGACCCAGGUGGGACAGCAAGUCGCAGUACCUGCUGAGCUGCAUCGGGUUUGCUGUGGGGCUGGGGAACAUCUGGAGGUUCCCGUACCUGUGCCAGGCCUACGGGGGAGGGGCCUUCCUCGUCCCCUACUUCAUUGCCCUGGUCUUCGAGGGGAUCCCGCUCUUCCACAUCGAGCUCGCCAUCGGCCAGCGCCUGCGCAAGGGCAGCAUCGGCGUGUGGACGGCCAUCUCGCCCUACCUCGGCGGAGUGGGCCUGGGCUGCUUCCUGGUGUCCUCCCUGGUCUGCCUGUACUACAACACCGUCCUCACGUGGGUGCUCUGGUUCCUUCUCAACUCCUUCCAGCAGCCACUGCCCUGGAGCUCCUGCCCGCCUGACCUCGACAGGACAGGGUUUGUGGAGGAAUGCGAGGGUAGCAGCAGCGUGAGCUACUUUUGGUACCGGCAGACACUGAACAUCACGGCCGACAUCAGCAACAGCGGCACUGUCCAGUGGCGGCUGCUGGUCUGCUUGGCUGCCUGCUGGGCGGUUGUGUACCUAUGCGUCAGCAGAGGAAUCGAGUCCACAGGGAAGGCCAUCUACUUCACAGCCUUGUUCCCGUACCUGGUCCUGACGGUCUUCCUGAUCAGAGGGCUGACGCUGCCCGGGGCGGCGGAAGGGCUAGCCCACUUGUUCACUCCCAAUGUGCAAAUUCUCCAGAACCCCCGGGUGUGGCUGGACGCGGCCACCCAGAUAUUCUUCUCUCUGUCCCUGGCCUUUGGAGGACAUGUUGCCUUUGCGAGUUACAACCCACCGAGGAAUGACUGCAGGAAGGAUGCCGUGGUCAUCGCGCUGGCCAACAGCAUGACCUCCCUGUACGCAUCCGUCACUAUCUUCUCCAUCAUGGGGUUCAAGGCCACAAAGGACUACGGGCGCUGCCUGGACAGGAAUGUCCUCGGCCUCAUCAACGAGUUUGACUUCCCAGAGCAGAGCAUCUCCAGGGACGACUACCCGGCCGUCCUCGCACACCUGAAUGCCACCCAGCCAGAGAGGGUGGCCCGGCUCCCCCUGAAGGACUGCCAUCUGGAACACUUUCUGGACAAGAGCGCCUCGGGCCCGGGCCUGGCCUUCAUCAUCUUCACGGAGGCCGUCCUGCACAUGCCGGGGGCCCCGGGGUGGGCCGUGCUCUUCUUCGGGAUGCUCUUCUCCUUGGGCCUGUCGUCUAUGUUUGGGAACAUGGAGGGGAUCAUCACACCACUCCUGGACCUGGGGACUGUGCCCAGAUGGGUCCCCAAGGAGGCCCUGACUGGGCUGAUCUGCCUGCUCUGCUUCCUCGCUGCGAUCUGCUUCACGCUGCAGUCUGGAAACUACUGGCUCGAGAUCUUUGACAGCUUCGUGGUUUCUCUGAACCUGAUGGUUUUAGCCUUCUUCGAGGUGGUCGGUGUCAUCUAUGUUUACGGAAUGAAACGGUUUUGCGAUGACAUCAUGUGGAUGACCGGGAGCCGGCCCGGCCUCUACUGGCAGGUGGCCUGGCGGGUCGUGAGUCCUCUGCUGCUGCUGGCCAUCUUCGUGGCUUACAUCGUCCUCCUGGCCCAGAAGCCACUGAGCUACAGGGCCUGGGACCCCCAACACGAUCAGUUCCCCCUGCGGCCGGAGAAGCUCUACCCCGGCUGGGUGCAGGCCGCCUGCGUGCUCCUGUCUCUCCUGCCCGCGCUCUGCAUCCCGGUGGCUGCACUGGCCCAGCUGUUCGCCCAGCGCAGAUGGAGGAGGAAGGAAGUGCCGUCGCAGGACACGCACCUGAAGCCACAGGAUGGUGGGGCCUGCUGA